AUGUCUGAAAAUGAAGAAUUGCACUUGGAUUUGCUUAACAAGAUAAAGAAUAUUUUAAAUGCUCAUAAUCCAUUUGUACACACGUUUCGCCAAUUGGCUCAGCGUCCAGACAUACAUGAAUGCAGACUUCAAAUCAAAGAGCAACCAUGUAAUAGGCCCCAAUACAAUCUUCCUACUGCUCCUGAAGUUGCUGCCGUUUUAAUUCGCCCUGGUGAUCAAUCUCUUUUUCUUCAAGGAGGUCGCCUCUUACAGCAGUACGUCGUAGAUAAUUACGUGAAGAUUGAGUCUAACAAAUUAAGAUGGAUACGUACUCAUCAGAAUCACAUUCGAGCAGAUUUUUAUCAAGGUCUUCUAGAUGCAGUACAUGCUGGUGAAAAUUAUGGAGGUAAUGUUGGUCGUAGAACAAUAUUACCAUCGUCGUUUGUUGGUAGCCCAAGAGACAUGUAUAAGAGAUAUCAAGAUGCAAUGGCUCUGGUCCAAAAGUAUGAAAAACCUGAUCUUUUCCUUACAAUGACCUGCAAUCCAAAUUGGCCUGAAAUUAAAGCUGAGUUGCUACUUGGACAGUCACCGCAUGAUCGUCCUGAUUUGCUAACAAGAAUAUUUCAUUCGAAAUUUGAUGAGAUGAAGACUGACAUUCUUACAAAACAUGUACUCGGGAAGGUUCUAGCAUAUGUAUAUGUUAUUGAGUACCAAAAAAGAGGCUUACCACAUGCCCACAUGGUCAUUAUUUUGGAUGAAAAUGAUAAGUUACGCACUCCUGACGAUUAUGAUAACAUUGUCAGAGCUGAAAUUCCAGACAAGAGAUUAGAGCCUAGAUUAUACAGUGUAGUUCUCAAACACAUGAUAUAUGGCCCAUGUGGAAUGUAUAAUGAACGGUCUCCGUGUAUGACAAAUGGUCGGUGCAAAAGAUGUUUCCUAAAGCCAUUUUCUUCCAUUACUACACUUGGAAACGAUUCAUAUCCUAUUUAUCGAAGAAGAGAAGUGGAGUCAGUUCCUUUAGAGAGUAACCCAAGCGUCUUGGUGGAUAAUAGUUGGGUCAUUCCGUACAACCCAUGGUUGCUCUUGAAAUAUGAUUGUCAUAUCAAUCUUGAAAUUUGCAAUAGUGUUACAAGUGUGAAGUAUUUGUACAAAUAUGUUUAUAAAGGCCCUGACCGUGUUGCACUAGAAGUUCGUCAAGGUCCUAAUUAUGAUGAAGUACAACAGUUCAUAGAUGGAAGAUGGGUUUGUGCUCCAGAAGCAUUGUGGAAAAUAUUCAAAUUCCCAAUGACCAAAAUGACUCCUAGCGUAGAACGCCUCCAAAUUUAA